AGAUGCCCUUCUAUUUAUUGUGAUUAGAAACUAAUAGCAUACAUGGUCUUCUUUAUUUGAAAACUAUAUCAUAUUUUGUUUACAUGUAAACAAAAAACGGCUACUGAUUUAAUGUGAUAUCAAAAUAUGGAAUUAAUAAGGAAUACUUGCAUAAAUUGAUAACAUUCUAAACAUAAUUGAACUGUCUGGGGAGUUUACUUUGAGGAUUUCUACUCUACAGACUUGGCAGAUAAGACACACACCACUGGUCAGUGUGCUGAGUGACCACUACACUCAUUAAAGAUUUCGAAAGACCAUAACAAUGUCAAUAUCGUUUUUGAUGUGAGAGUAAAAAUUCUGUAACAAAGUGAAGUGAUACAAGUGUUUGCAUAUGUUUGUAACAGUUUUGAUGUGGAAAUUAUGAUUUUGACAUUAUGAUUUGAUAUGGGAUCAAACAUUGCGUUCUUAUGAUCAUUUUGGGAUCAUUAGUAAGAGGUUAUUAUGUGUGGACAACAAGAGUCUGAACAAUUUAAUGACUGGAUGGAAACAGGCAUGGAGUCCGACGUUUCUGACCAUCUUGACCACGAAGAGAUGUACCUCAUGCUGCAAGCUGAUAUGUUAGCCAUUAAACGCCAAGAGAAUGCCUUGCAGACUGACAUUGAUGACAUCAACCAGAAAUUCAACUCACUUAUAGCUGAUGUUGGUUUAGAACCUACUGAGUACCCAGUCAACAGACAUCUGUUGGGCAACCCAUCAACACCAUCAUUCUUACAACGUAACACACCAACCAGGAGCCACAUUACUUGUCUAGAUACCACUUCCUGUGACGAAGAUGUACUUCUCCAAAAGAUGCUCCAGGGACCUCUUGUAUCCAUCAACUCACUCAGUAGUGACAGCAUCUAUGAUGACUCAGCCAUGACGCUAAUCAUUGACAACAACAGUAACUAUAUUCCAUCACCUAAGCCAGUGUCACCUUCCAACUUGGUACCAAACAUUGACCAACCAGAGCCAUCAUCAUCAGACAUUAGUAACGCUAGCAACGGUUCCAGUGGCUACCCAAGGUCAACAGGGUCAGACUCCUCAGAUGACAACCAGUGCGUUCCAGACAUCGAUGAUCGUCAAGAAGAGCUUCUGUCCAGACUUCACUACUACGGUGACUUCACGAUAGAUCGCCAGAGUAAGAUCGACAACUUGACAGCCAGACUCACCAACACUCCUGUUGCCAACCUAAACAACAUGACUGCCUCAGCUACAGAAGAGAUCUUCACCAGAGAAGUUGUUGGCUGUGAACAAGAGUACAUACCACCAGGUUUUGGUCAGCCAUCUCGUUCCGCUACACGCUCUACCAGCUCUAAUUCUUCAACAUCAUCACCACGUCGUCACAGGAGCAAGCGUAUCAGCAGAGCUCAACGUAACCGUACUUCAUCUUCCUCAGGCAGCCGUCGUAGCAUCUCUAUACCUCAGGCAUCAUCUACCAUGAUUGAAGACUUCUCACCAUCUUCACACAGCAGCGGUAGCAGUAAGCAUCGUAGUAGUUCCAUACCAAGAGCAUCCUCCACCAUGAUAGAAGAUCCAACUUCAUCAUCUUGUCGACCAAACUCUGUUUACUCUGAUGACAUGGAAAGCGUCUACUGCUGGUCCAUCAAAGAGAGUUCUGAUGAUGUUCCUCUAGAAGAGUCCUACUACCGCAAUAUCAACAGGGUGUCUUGUAAACCACCACUUCCACCAAAGAAGGUCCUGCCAUCCAGUUGUGGAACAAGUCUUGCAGAGUCAAAUUGUAACAACGAAUCCAUGUCCAUGAUUGCCUCUACAACACGACGACAAGAUGUAAUCAGCGACAGUCUGUAUGAUGAUGUUACCUUCUACAACAAGGCCAGAACUCUGCCACGUACAAGUACCAGAACCGACCUCAAUGGAAACACCAAGUCUAGUGGUAGUUCCAUUGAAGCCCGUCGUGCAUCUAUGCCAGACAUGGUCAGCGUUAUGUUAUCUGAGAAUGACAACGUACAGAGUGUUCCCAACUCCUCAGCCAGUACUCAUUCAUCAUCAUUAGGUGAUCGUCCAGCCAUCCCUGGCAAGUCUAGUUCUAGUGGAAGCAACAGCAACACCAGUCCACCAACCAGCAACGAUACUCGCAACACCCAGGCAAUGUGUGAUUCAUUACUCACAGACAGUCCUAACAGUCUCAGUAGUACUGGUGUCUUCGCUCCUAACAACUCGCCUUACUCAUCUAGAGCUAGCCCAGUCAGCGAGCCAGAACCACUCGGUCCACCAGCACCACCAUCCUCUUAUAAGUCUAAGUCAUCAAAAGAGGAACAAGUCUUCAAGAAACCAAAAAGCAUUGUACCUAUCUGGAAGUUGUUCCGUUUCCGACGCAACAAACCAAAGAGUGCUGAGAAUAUCACAUCUACUCCACUACGUAGACCAUCAUCAACUCAUAGUGACCCAGUCUCCAAGAAAAAGCUCUUCACCAUUCAGUCACCUGAGGUUCACCUACACAACAAACGUGCAGUAGCCAAGAAAUUACGUCGUUUCAGCCAGAGUUUCCAUCAGAAAGAUACAUCCGAGAUCCACACUCUUGCCACCUUAUAGAGAACAGUGCAAUAUACAUUAUGUGUUCAGAAAAUACACUGUUAAGACAUUAAUUUAUAAUACUCAUUUGUGAUAUGACACUUGAACUUUUUAUAUGAGUAACUGCAUGUAUUUUAUAUUGAAUUUUACGGGUAUUAUACAAUGUUUACUCAGUAUGAAUGAAAUAGGGCAAUUUUGUGUGUUAACAGGGUAAAUGAUAUAUGUAAAUGACAAUCUUGAUUAUGAUUAAGCAUGAGAGAUACAAUUGUACAAUCAUGAUUAAGUGUGAAGAGACAAUUGUGUAAUCAUGAUUAAGUGUAAAAGAGGCAUUUGUACAAUGGAGAGUUCUAGUGCUUAAAUGUUGAAAACUAAUUGCAAGAGACAAUACGUGUGGUGUGCAAUACUUCUAGUAAGAUGAAUUUUUCUUUCUGUUUUUUCCACUUAAUCUUUCUUUCUAUUCUGUUUGUUAUGUUGUUAUGGUAACAUGGAAGUUAUCUGUGUGAAGUUUUGUACAGUAUUAUUGUAAAAUAACUAAUUUAUUGAUAAAUUAUGAUCAGUGCUAUGAUGUGUAAAUAAAUAUUCAAAAGUAA